AUGUCAAAUCAAGCAGCGUGGAUCCCAGAAGCGAAGGGCCAGCUUCAGGUCAAGGAAGCUCCCAUGCCAAAGGCGGGCAAGGGCGAGGUUGUGAUCAAGAACCACGCAGUUGCUGUCAACCCCGUGGAUUGGAAAAUCCAGGACUAUGGAAUCUUCCUGCAAAAGUACCCCAACAUCUGUGGUACUGACGUCGCUGGCGAGGUUCACGAAGUCGGUGAGGGUGUUACACAUGUCAAGAAAGGCGACCGCGUACUAGGACAUGCAUUUUCCCUCGUUACCAACGACCCUGCGCACGGCGGAUUCCAGCUCUACACCGCCUGCAACGCACUCGUCGUAUCCAAGAUUCCAUCCGACAUGAGCUUCGCGUCAGGCUCAGUCCUGCCUCUUGCCAUUUCAACUGCAGCCGCCUGUCUCUAUAAGAAGGAGACGCUCGGGCUACCGCUGCCAUCCUCCAAUCCCUCGUCUACAGGCAAAUCAGUAUUGGUAUGGGGCGGCUCGAGCAGCGUGGGUGCGACGGCGAUUCAGUUGGCGGCUGCAUCUGGCGUGAAGGUUGUCAGUGUGGCAAGCAAGCACAACCUGGAGAAACUCAAGGGCCUUGGCGCAACAGCGGCCUUUGACUACAAGGACCCCAAGGUUGCCCACGACAUCAUGGUCGCUCUCGAAGGCACAGAAUUCGCGGGUAUUUGCGACGCCAUCGGUACGCCAGAUGCCGCGGCUGCCUGGACACCAGUGUACGAGAAGCUCGGUGGACGCUACGGCUCCGUCUUGCCCGCUGCGGAGGGUCUCCCCAAGGGCAUCGAGGGCGCCAGUGUCUUCGCUCCAACUGUAGCGCUAGCUGACAAGUACAUUGGCGAUGUUGUCUGGGCGCAGUGGGUACCAGAAGCGCUAGAGAAGGGCACGCUGAAGGCUGUUCCAGAACCACUGGUGGUUGGAAAGGGACUGGAUGCGGUAGCGGAGGGCUACAAGAAGCAGAAGGAGGGUGUCAGCUUCCGCAAAGUCGUCAUCGAAUUGUAA